AUGCCGUCCGUAGCUUUUACAUCAGAGGACGCUAAAGGGAUCAUCUACCCCCUUGACGACCCUUUGGUAGUAUCUCUGCAGAUAUCCAGCGCAAUGGUUCAUCGCGUGCUGGUGAAUGAAGGGAGCUCUGCUAACAUCCUAUAUAAGGAGACAUUUGAAAAGAUGGGCAUCGAUAAAGCAUGCUUGAAGUCGGUCUCUUACCCGGUUAUCGGUUUCACAGGAGCAUCUGUCGUCCCAGAAGGGACUGUAAAGCUAGCAGUAAAGUUGGGAAAAGGGUCUCAUUCCAAGGACCUCAUGGUAGAAUUUCUCGUGGUUGACGUCCCAGCGGUGUACAACGCCAUUAUCGGAAGACUGCUGAUCAACGACGCUCAAGCCGUCGUCUCAACAUACCAUCUUACUAUGGUUUACACCUCCAAUGACGGUAAACCCGAAAAAAUUACGGGAAAUCAAGAGUCGGCAAGAGCCUGCUAUCUCACCGCGCUAAAACACUCUGACCACAAGCGCCCAACCGAUACUCCGCCAUCGGAAAGAAAAAGAAGAAGGCUGGAAAAUAAAACCAAAAAGGACUUGUCCAUGGAGAACUUCGAGGGAAGGCCGGCAGAUCAGCCGAGACCUAGCCCAGAAGGGGAGACGGAGGAAAUAAGUUCAGAAGAGGAAAGGCCGAAAAGAACAGUGAAGAUUGGGGCCGAUCUGGCGGAGGAAGUAAAAGUUAACUUGAUCUCUUUGCUAAAGGGGCAUGCCGACAUUUUCGCCUUCUCUGCAGACGAAAUGCCGGGCAUUGACCCGGAGUUCAUGGUACAUCGUUUGAAUGUGAAUGAAGACGUCAGGCCGGUUAAGCAGAAGAAACGUAAUUUCUCUGCUGAAAAGAACGCAGCCAUCAAGGAGGAAGUGGAUAAACUGCUGGCAGCAGACUUUAUAGAGCCUUGCGACUACCCUGAGUGGUUGGCAAAUGUGGUGAUGGUGAAAAAAUCCAACGGGUCAUGGCGUAUGUGUGUAGAUUUCACCAAUCUCAACAAGGCCUGUCCAAAGGACUGCUAUCCCCUACCCAGAAUUGAUCAAUUGGUGGACUCCACUAGCGGCCACGCCCUACUAAGCUUCAUGGACGCUUUCUCAGGAUACCACCAGAUAAGUUUGUUAAAAUCCGACAGAAACAAAGCGGCCUUCAUCACAGAUGCAGGAGUUUAUGCCUAUAAAGCCAUGCCUUUUGGGCUCAAGAAUGCCGGUGCCACCUACCAAAAACUGGUGGACAUAAUCUUUGAGCACCAAAAAGGCCGAAAUGUGGAGGUAUAUGUGGACGAUAGCAUCGUCAAAAGCAUAACAGAAGAAGAACAUGUGAUGGACCUUGAAGAAACCUUUGCAACACUCCGGCAUCAUCAGAUGAAAUUAAACCCGAAGAAGUGCGUAUUCGAAGUCAAAUCCGGCAAGUUCCUAGGUUUUAUGGUAAGUGAAAGGGGCAUAGAUGCCAACCCUGACAAGAUCAAGGCCAUCAGUGACCUCCCGGAGCCGAAGAGCAUCCGGGACAUUCAGAAGCUGACGGGGAGAAUGGCGGCCCUCACAAGAUUCGUCUCCAAAUCGGCUGAGAAAGCCCUCCCGUUCUUCAAAAUUCUCAGGGGCAACAAGAAGUUUGAGUGGGGGGAAGAACAGAGACAAGCCUUUGAAGCUAUAAAAAAGCAUUUCAUGAAGCUGCCGACAAUAACCAGACCAGAGUUAGGCGAAAAACUGCAGCUCUACGUCUCGGUAUCUGAAAAGACGGUAACAGUUGUAUUACUGGUAAAAAGGCAAGGGCAGCAGAAUCCCAUCUACUUUGUAAGCCAUGUCUUGGCAGGGGCGGAGCAAAGGCUCUUGAAGUGGGCAAUAGAGCUCUCGGAGUUUGAUAUCGAAUACCGUCCCCGUACAGCUAUCAAGGACCAAGCAUUGGCCGACUUCAUUGUUGAAACCACCUACACGGAAGCAGUAGAAUCUGCCGGCAUAUGGAAGACAGAAGUUGACGAUUCAGCGGCCCAAUGUGGAGCAGGAGCCGGAGUAGUGAUGACAUCCCCCAAAGGGGAGAUUUUUGAACAUGCCAUCCAUUUUGGUUUCAAGGCCUCUAAUAAUGAGGCCGAGUACGAAGCAGCCCUGGUCGGACUAAGUCUGAGCAUUGCGGCUGGCGCCAAAAAGGUUCUAAUGAUCACGGACUCGCAGCUCAUUUCAAGCCAGAUAGAUAGCACAUACGAGGCCAGGGAGCCGGUAAUGCAAAAGUAUCUCUGCCGGGUCAAAAGUAUGACGGCGGAGCUACAGAGCUUCGAGGUCAAGCUGGUUCCAAGGGCAGAGAACAUGGCAGCAGACGCCUUGUCUAAGCUGGCAAGCUCCAGCAUUAGCGACCAAAAGAGGAGUGUCAUGGUGGAAACAUUGAAAAAGCGAAGUGUGGGUACCACCACAGAAACCGUUAAUACAAUAACCUCAGAACCAGAGUGGUAUGACGGCAUAAAGGCGUACAAGCUAACGGGAGAGCUCCUGGAAGAAAAGAUGGCGGCCCAUAAGCUGAAAAGAGACUCGGCAUGGUACUGCAUCUUUCAAGGCCAGUUAUACAAGAAGGGGUUCUCCCUACCCCUAUUAAGGUGCGUCACGGCUUGUGAGGCCACAAAAGUAAUCGAAGAAAUUCACGAAGGGAUAUGUGGAAACCAUAUCGCCGGAAAAGCGUUGGCACUGAAAGCGCUUAGAGCAGGUUUCUACUGGCCUACUAUGCUGAUGGAUUCCCAAGCCUACGUAAAAUAG